UGUAAUUAGAAUGCUUACCGUACUCCACAACUGGUGUUGUUGGUUGGUUAGUGUGGGAACGGAAUAAGGUUGGACAGGAUUUUAUCGGUUUUUCGGGACAAAAUGGCUUCACAGCCAUCCCAGAGACCACGUCGAAAUGCUUCUCCUGCAUCGAGCUCAAAACUACAACCUAUGCGGGCCACUUUACCAUUUUCGCUGAUAGCUACUCCAAGUCCUACCCGUGGAACUGGUUUAAGGAGGCCAAGUCCAUCAUCUUCGCCAGUACAUGGCAGUGAAAAUGGCCUUAAACACCGCAGAAGUUCGCCAGAAACACGUGGGUCUCCCGAGCAUCGGCGGAGUCCAUCUUCUCCAUCUUCGUCGAGCUCGAAAGGUGAAAGAAGCAAACUUAUGAAAAGUAAUUCGGGCGCAAUAAGAAGAACGUCUUCGUUAGACGCCAUUUCACCUUACAUGUGUGGACAGUGGCCUAAAGGAGAUGUUGGCGGGCCGAGUAUGUGCCACAAAUCAACUCAGGUUAGUUAGGUACCGCUCUAUUAAUAAAACAUUUCCCGAAAAUGGCCAAGUUCAGGCUAAUUACACGAACGUAGACGUGGGAAGGUCGAAAUAAGCUUGAAAGAGUUACGAGCAAGCAAAAUAAAUUUACUCUCCGAUACUCUUAUUGAACCACAGCCAUGACAACGAGGUUAAUUCCCAAGCAACUCUGAAAUUUGAUGAUCUUAGCUAUAAAUUAAGUUUGUUUUAACCCGUGUGGUGGAGAAGUCCUUACAAAAGAUAUUUCGGAAAUGUUGCAAACAAAACCCUCAGGAAGCGAAAUUAAGUCAAUACUAAUGCUGAUUAUUUGGUUAGAAAGACUAACCAAUUUGAUUGAGGGUCAAAGAAUCACGCAGGAAAAGUCUCUCCUUCUGACUGGUAUUUAAAAGUACAGGAUUUUCGGAGCUUUUGUGGUGUAAAAUAUUAGCAGUGAAUUGACUUUUUCAUCCUUGACAGUAACAUAAUUUAACAAGGUAAAGAGCUAGAAUGGCCAGGAAGGGUACAUUACAUAGCUGGGUAGGAUGGGGUGUCUCGAGUUCUCUUGAUCAGUGCCUUGAGAUUUUUAGCUUUUGGCACCGAAUCUAAGGCAACUGCUUAAAAUUGACAGAAAUGUGCUAAACAACACUUCAGCAACUCUGAGAAUUUGUUGUUGUCGAGGUUGCCUUUACAGCACUGUAAACAGAACUCUACGCACUGAAUUGCUUGUGUCUCAUUAUGGAACCAAAGUCACGACCUCUUAAGAAGGGAGGGCAGGUAAAACAAACAGUUUUUCAGUUUCCACAAAGGGCUCCACAAAGACUGUCUAGGUGUCUGGGUUAUUGCUUCAAUACUUUAAACCAAGACUGUUCACAAGACGGUAUCUAAUCAUAGUAGGGACUCAUUGUGCUCUAUUGCAAAUUUAAGAAUUUGGUUUUGUCGACGAGGUGCGGUGUCCAAAGUUGAGUAGACCUCAUGGAAAAUAAGAGUGUUGCAACAAGUUAUUUUUUUUGUUAGGAACUACAGAGAAAGCAGUUGGAAAACUUCAAUCUUAGUCAUUUCUAAGCCAAAACUUGGAUGGCAAUGUGUACAUCACCAUGUUCUGUCAGAGAAUAUUCUGUCAUGAGGCACCCAAUCAGAUUUGCCAAUUUUACAUAGACCUUGACAAGUGUCUUUUAAUCACAGAUGGAAUGUGAUCAUGUAUGUGUUGUUCUGAAAAGGAAAAUUAUUCUUGAUUUUUGGCUUGAAAAUGCCCAAAAUUAAAGGAAUGUUUAGAAACGUUAAAACAAAGAGUGAUUUCCAUGGUUUUCAUUAACCAACAGUCAGUUGAGCUGCAUGUUGUUGACUACAGUAUUUGGUAUUUACUCUUAGAUGACUUUCGGUUUUUAGCUAGUAAUAUCAUUCAUCAGAAACGUCUUUGUGAUCUAGCAUGAUUUUGAUUAUUCCCUAAUCAUUAUCAUUGGUGAUCUGCUCAUAGAAAUUACCUUGAAUGGAAUGAGUCGCUAUUUUUGAUAUACUUGUAAAAAUUGUAGUCGUUGAACCGCUAUCUUCUGUAUUAUCAAGACUAAAACUGUUAGUGAUAGUCAACUUUGUCAUGCCUGGUCGACUCCUCACUCACUGAAAACUCAAGCCCAUAGUCCAACAUAUAUUGUUAAUUAGUAUCUUUGGAAUUCGAGGUCAGGUCCUGGCAUUGAGAAUGAGACAUAAAGGUGUGACUAGUGUUUGUGUGAAUGAACCCAUGUCUCUCUUCUCACACACAAUUCUUUGACAGUAAUUAUCAAUCGGAGACAAUAAAAGGAAGCUGUGGCACUGUACAGAAUGUUUUGGGUGAAAUAUCCGUGAGCGGUGUUGGUAAUGUGGUUAUUUCACCUGUGUUAGAUUGAGGCUAGCUGAGGUUAGGUUUUGGCAUUAUUUCCAUGUUCGGAGGGGUCAAAGUGUGUAAACCUUCAAGGGUGUUAAGUGUCAAGGUCUCAGUAAUUUUAAGAAGCACAAGUUUUUAUUCUCACCAGUCAACAUUAGUUAGCUUGCAUAUGUGGGAUUUUCUUUACAGUAGUAAACCUCAUUGACCAUGCACAAAAAAGUUGACGUGACAAAAACAAUCAUUAAAGUUGGAGGGUAACCACAAUACAAGGCAUAAACAAGCACAGCAGAUGUGCCUUAAGAUUAUCCUUCACUCCUAAUUAAAAUGUUAUGAUGGGUAACAUGGAAAUUUUGCUACCAAGUAGCAAUGACAAUCUUCCAGUUGGGCUUCUUUUCUGAAUGCCUUGAUGUUGUGUCGCUGACAUUUUGCAGAGAAACUACACAGUGACGUACAAAUAAGGGAUACCCAUUAUAACUUGAACAUCAGGUCUGCUUCUUUUGUUUUGUCAUCAAAAUAAUUCAGAAAGCUGUGUCCUCUUGAUAGGAAAAUAUGUAUUUACAGAAACAAUAAACUGCAAUAAAUAUGACCAGCAAAAUAGUUAGUUUUUAAAGCGAAAUAUUGAUAAUCAUUGACAACACAAACUUCAAG